UGAUUUGCAUAGUCAUUAGUCAGAACACAAACGAAUCCAACUUUUCGUAUUUGCCAUAAGUGUCAGUCUAUCACAGUAGUUCUCAACUGUUCUAACCUCAGAACCCACAUUUUAUUUGGUCAUUAAUGUGGUAUGAUCUAUAUUAGAGUUCCGGUAGUGAAUAAAGUUAAGCCAUGUGAAUCUACCCUGCUGCGUAUGUAUUCUAUAUCUUAAGAACCCAACACGACAAUUAAGUCACGCCCCCAAAAUAUUUAAUUUCCUAUCCAUUAUAAAUUAUUUCACAAAACAGUGCAAUAAUUAUUUGUGUUCUAGAAUGCGGGCGGCUCGGUAUGUAGCCUAAGCACAUUUCAAGAUAAAAGGUUCGGUAACUUAUAAAAAGAAAAGUUUGACUUUGACGGAGCCGAAGCAUCCGCCGCGACCCUCUCCAUACCAGCUCGGGACUCACUUUAGGGUCGGGACCCACCAGUUAAGAAACACGGGUCUGGGAUAUAACUAUAUUUUUACUUUCCUGAGAGGUGUCUUGUUACCUUCCUCCACAUUACCUUUUGAACUUCAACUCCCACAAAUAUCGUCUGUGAAAAAUGACGGCCACGCCUACUGCACGAAUCUAUUCUACACACAUGUCAGAAGUACUCUGUACAGAAUGAAAGGGUCAAAAUAACCGCAGAUUCAGCUGUCAGCUACUGUCAUUCAAUCAUUGUCAAGUUCACAGAAUGAAGCAAACGUUGUCAUUGUCUCUUGUGUGGACUGUACAUGCAGAAUGACUGCAUGUAGAAUUUUAACUUAAUUCAUUUCAUUGUCAAACACCCUCACUCGUGUUUCCAUGUAAUGUUUAACACCAGAUUGAAACAAUGAGGAAAACACGGACAGAGAGAUAAGGGCAGAGCAAGCUGGCUCACUAAUUGCCAGAGGUCUUCUGAUUUUGAGGACUUUUUAGCUGCAUGCGUAGUCACAGCUAUUCACUCCUCAUUUUACCACCUCAUGUAUGGAAUAUCGACUCCUCUUCACAUUGUUCAAAAGAUAUACAGAUGGUCGUUGCACACGAGCAGAUAAUCCCACUUGAUCCGAAAGUCAAUAUAUACACCUACACAGACACAAACACAAUGGUGGACAACGAUUCUCUAGCUGGUGGUGACCAGGUUCAGGGCGAUGAACAGGAGGAAGAGGAUGCCAAGCAAGAACUGAAGGAGCCCGUCACUGGAAGUCAGGAGAGGGGGCAUCCAGAUGUGGCUUCCCCCGUGACUGAGCCCCUCUCCACCCAGUCUGGCACAAAGGCUGGCACACUACAGUUGUCUGUGUUGUUCCUGUGUUUCUACGGCUUUAUGGUGCAGCUGAAGCCUGGAGAGCCCUUCAUUACUCCUUACCUGCUGAGUUCUGAGAAGAACUUCACCAUGCAGCAGGUGACCAAUGAGAUCACCCCACUGUUGUCCUACUCGUACAUGGUGGUUCUGGUCCCUGUGUUCCUCCUGACCGACUAUCUUCGCUACAAGCCCGUACUGAUCCUCCAGAGCCUCAGCCAUGUCUCCAUCUGGCUCCUCCUCCUCCUGGGCUCCUCGCUGCUGGAGAUGCAGCUCAUGGAGUUCUUCUAUGGCAUCACAAUGGCCGCUCGCGUGGCAUACUCCUCUUAUAUCUUCUCCCUGGUCACCCCGGAGCUGUACCAGCGGGUGGCCAGCUUCUCCCGCUCCUCUGUGCUAAUGGGGGUGUUCACCAGCUCUGUGCUGGGCCAAAUGUGCUUCUCCCUCGGGGAGGUGUCCUACUCUACCCUCAGCCAGGUCUCUCUGGGCUUCGUCAGCUUCGGCCUGGUCCUCUCCAUCUGCCUCCCCUGGCCAAAGAGGUCCAUGUUCUUCAACCGAGCCCACCGCAAGGCCCAGCGAGAGCAGGCUGAGGCCACCCAGGCAGAGCUGGCUAAGAUGAAGCUGGAUGGAGGAACAGGAGAGACGGGGACUGCAGCCCCUGAGGGACCCACCGCUCCUAACGGCAGAGAUUCCACUUCAUGGAAGGAUUCUGUGUUCAUCCAGAUGCUGAAAGAGGUGAGAAACCUGGUGCGGAGGCCCAGUCUGAGGCUGUGGAGUCUGUGGUGGGUGUUCAACUCCACUGGAUACUACCUGGUCAUCUUUUAUGUCCACAUCCUGUGGAACAAGGUCUACCCCGCCACCGAAAACAAGAAUGUGUACAACGGAGGAGUGGAGGCUGCAUCCACACUCCUGGGUGCAAUAGCAUCGUUUGCGGCAGGAUUUGUGAAGAUCCGCUGGACGGUGUGGUCCGAGCUGGUGAUUGGUGUGAUCACGGCGCUCCAGGCUGGCCUGCUGCUUCUCAUGGGGACCACAGACAACAUCUGGGUCUGCUAUGUGGCCUACUCCCUCUUCAGGGGGUUCUACCAGUUCCUGGUACCCAUCGCCAUUUUCCAGAUCGCCUCGUCCAUGACAAAGGAGCUGUGUGCUCUUGUGUUCGGCAUUAACACGUUCAUGGGCACCAUCCUUAAGUCCAUCAUCACCCUCAUAGUGGCAGACAAGAGCGGCCUGGGCCUACCAGUGCACUCUCAGUUCCUGCUUUACUUCUGCUAUUUCGCUCUUCUGACCGUCAUCUACUUAUCCUGCGCUGCCUGGGUCAUCUUUAGACACUACAGGAGCCAAUCAGGAAGAGGGGAAGGGACCACAGACCAGGCCACACCCACUGAACUCAGCCCUGUGGUAAUGGACCAAUCAGAGGCAGAGCCUCUCUCUAAUGGGAAGAAUGGGGAUGUCUGAGAAAAUCUCAACAGGAAACGGUCCUCACAAUAUACUGUUAUCCAUUUCCUGCUCCUAUAAACACCUGGGGAUGGGGAGAACGUUCUCCUCAGAGGAUGAAAGACCGUGGAAAACACUGGAGGUCGGCAGUCAUUUAGGAUGUUUUGAGAAAGUGAAUCCCAUGUAAAAGAAAAGACCAACAAAAGAGUUACAUGAACUGUUGAGGAAUUCUCAUCUGUCUGUAUAGUAAUCAUGAGUGCCUUGGACCUGUUCAAGUGUUCACACAGCAAACCUUAUGAAAUUGAUCGGAAAAUAUGUAAUGUCACUGCUUAAUCUUUCACUAGUGAGGGAUUUUUUUUUAAAUUAAUGCAAUCCAAGUAUUAAUGCAGUAUUUUGUUCUUUUGGAAUUGACAAUUUUUCAAAUCACUGGUUUACAGGGACCAAUCUGAAACAGUCAGUGAAGUUGGUCUGACAUGUCUGGAUUCAUUCUCCUGGGAGAUUUAUUUUAUUCAUAUUUGCCUGUUUUUGCAUCGUAAAAAUGAACAUGAUGUACUAAACCUGUACUACUGUUGUACAGGCUACUUAAAUGUUGAUAAUGCUGUACAUCGUGUUAUCACGGUGUCGCUCUUCAGUAUUGUGUGCUCCUUCACUCUUCCCCUCACUGGGUUCUAUCUCAGGUGCUCACACAUUACAUGGCCCCAGGGGCUACAUUUUAACUGAGAGAGUUUAACCAAUGAAUGUUGGUUUAUAGCUUACAAUGAGCUUUCUCAUUAAAGGUUCAUGAUUGCUAUGUGAUCAAUAGGUUUUGCUUAUGACAAAGCAUGACGCCACAUAGGCUUUGAUGAUUGGGCUGCUGAAUCUCCCUGAGAUGUUGAAUGAGUUUACACUCCGUCAUUCUGUUCAUCCUAAUGCAUUAACGGUCCUGACGUUUCUAAUCAAGUACUUCAACAGUAGUUGAAGCCUAUUUUCCAUAGUGAAUACAAGUACAGUCUAACAUUAAGUAUUUUUUUUUUCAACAGUGUUUUUCAUAGUCAAGUUACUGGAGUACAAAAAACAAUGGCUUAUGUUGCUGUGAAAUUCAGAUUCAUUGUUCUUUGUACUGUUCUCCUGGUGGGUUCUCAUGAGAGAAAUUGUUUUGAAGGAGCAUGGAUAGAUGGUUGCUUCAGCAUUUGUGAACACAGUCCUGUGAUCCAAAGGAAUGGCCUAGCUGGACCCAUAUUAACCAUUUUAAUAGGAAAUUGUUUGAUCUAUUUUAUCAGUUCAUAUCAUAUCAUAGUUUUAGCAAUUGAAUUCAAGUAGAUAUGACGAUUUGACAACAUUCUCACACCAAAACUAUACUUUCCUCUGGUGUCAAAUGCAUGCUGUAACUGCAACUUUUGAGUGAAUGAUAUUUCAAAUGGAGCCCCUACUAACCAUAGGAAUAUAUGCACUUAGGUUAUGGAGUAGAAAUACAUUUUGGACACGGUUUCAAUGUUUUCUUAAAUAAUUUUAAAAUAUCCAUGGCCUAUUAUUAUGGAAAGUUACUAUUAUGUAUGAAAGUACAGAUCUUUUUUUCUUUAAACACAUUGAUGUAUGAGAUAUUUUUACAGAUUGAAAUCAUUGCAGAAUUAACAUGUUUAGAUACUGUGAAAAUAUUUGUUGCUGUACAAUUUACACUGAAUACCUUUGAGUGCAUUGCAGAAAUAUAGUUUUGAUUCACAAAUAAAUCAGUUGAAUUGAAGUUUGAGAAUUUGUUCAUUCUGUCUCAUACAUUUAUACAGAAAAAAACGAAUCAGUGAACAAACAAUGAAGCUCUCAGUGAAUGGAUCAUCAACCAUCAAUCUAUUCA